GAAAGAGCUGUCUGCAGAAAAGGGAUAGGGGGAGGGUGGAGGAUGAGGCUGCAGCCUGUGCUUCUUGGCACAGCAGAAGCAGAGAUCUUUGGAACACUUUCUUGGCCCUGCAGGCAAGCCUUGGGCAUGCAGCAUUUCUAUUGUUUCCAUUGUUUCAGAAGCUGCUGUGGAGAGAAAGUAAGAAUGCAAAGGUAUGUCAGGAUGGAAGCAUGCCUUUGCCUUCUGCCAGGGAAGUAGGAUGCUCUGGUCAAGGCUCUCUCUAGCCCUGGAAGCGUGAGAAAUUUCAUGGAGUUCAGAGGUCUUCUGGGUGUCCUUACACUGAAACGCCGUCGGACUGAGCCAUGAAGAGACAAGCAAACCAGUAGGCAAGCAAUUGGUGCUGUUGAGGGAGGACAAGAUGUCUCACACGGUGGCCUUCACCUUUCCUGCCACCGAGAGCAGGGAGGCUGCCAGCCAGGACAUAAGUCCUUACGAUGAAGGUGCUGUGCACGAUUCCUUCCACCAGCUCAUCAAGGAGCAGAGCUGGCUGGCUGAACAGGAGGAGGUGGAGAUGCAGAAUCUGGCUCCCAGGGGCAGAGAGAACCUGGCCUACAUGGUUUCUCCUCCCCGCCGGACUGAGGCUUGGGAGGCACCAGGACAGAUGGCAGAACAUCUUGACUUCUCCUCAGCCACUCUGCGCAUCCUGGCCAGCAUGCCCAGCCGAACUAUUGGCCGCAGCAGAGGAGCUGUCAUCUCCCAGUAUUGUAACCGCACUGCCAGGCUGCGCCGGAAGAGCAACCGCGCCCCUCUUCAAGAAGUGUCCCGCUCUGCGCGGCCCAGCAUCCGGCAGCUUGAUCUAGACCUAGAUUCCAGCCACGAGGAAGAGUAUACCAAACGCAGCCUGCUGGUGAAAGAACUCCGGAGCCUGCCAGCCAGCCAGCGCAUCGCCAUGUUGAGAACAAUGCCUCUAAGCCUGGGCGAGAAGUGCAACCUGAGGCAGGAAUCAAGUGGGCACUCAGGCACCCUGAUGAAACCCAAGACAAGAGCUCCUUUGUCACAUUGCAGCCGGCUUAAAUACCACAUCAUCAUAGGGUUCCGGAAUCUCUGGUACAGCCUUCUGUCCCUCCGCCACACCCUCCAGCCCUGGCAUUAUUCCCUCAAGCAGAUCAGCGGUCGCUUUGGGUCCAGCAUCCUCUCCUACUUCCUGUUCCUCAAGACUUUGCUCAUGUUCAAUCUCUUCUUGUUUCUGCUCCUGCUGGUCUUCGUGGUUGCCGUGCAGGCUGCUUACCCUCCUACCACACCCAACAGCAAAGCCUUCACGGGGCUUGAGCCCCUCACUGGAGCGGGCUACUUCAAUCACACAUUGAUGUAUUACGGCUACUACAGUAACUUCACACUGAAUGACCCCUGCACAUUCAGCCCUAACAGCAGCACAACUUGCCGGCAGGCCAGGCCUGUCCGUCUGCCAUACAAUAUGCCACUGGCUUAUGUGUUAGCCACUGGGGUCUCCUUCUUUGUGACCUGCCUUCUGCUGGUGUACAGUAUGUCCCACUCCUUUGGGGAGAGCUACCGUGUGGACAGUGCAUCAGGGGACCUGGCAAUCAAAGUCUUCUGUGCCUGGGACUACAAGGUGAUCCAGAAACGCUCCGUGCGACUUCAGAGUGAAAACAUCUGCACUCACCUGAAGGAGUGUCUGGCUGAGCGGCGAUCCAGGUCUCGCCCAUUAAACCUGUGCAAGAGACUGCAGAGGCUGGCAAUCCUACUGAUAGCCUGGACUCUGUCUCUGGGCAUUGUUCUGGGGUGUGUCCUAGGAGUUCACUACUUCUCUAUAUACAUUUACCAGGUUCAUCAUGAGAAGCUCUUGACAAGCAACUACAUGGGCAAAGAAGCCCUGCUCCUGGCUCUGCCUCUGCUGGUGUCUCUGAUUAACUUGCUCAUCCCCUACAUUUACAACCUCCUGGCUGCCUGGGAGAAGCAGGAAUCGCCUGUCCUAGAGGUUUAUGUCGCCAUCUGCAGGAACUUAAUUCUGAAGAUGGUCAUCUUAGGGUUGCUGUGUUAUCACUGGCUGAGCAGGAAAGACACGACUUCGGAAAUGGAGUGCUGGGAGAACUUUGUGGGGCAAGAGCUCUACCGCUUGGUGGUGAUGGAUUUCAUUUUCUGUCUCUUGGACACCUUCUUCGCAGAGCUGAUGUGGAGGGUUAUUUUGGAGAAGAAGCUACAGAGUAAGAGGAGGCCUGAAUUUGACAUUGCUCGAAAUGUUCUGGAGCUCAUUUAUGGACAGACCUUGACCUGGCUGGGAGUCUUCUUUGCCCCACUCCUCCCUGUUGUCCAAAUCUUCAAGUUGCUGCUGCUGUUCUAUAUUAAGAAGACCAGCUUGAUGAGAAAUUGCCAGUCUCCCAGUAAACCCUGGCGUGCAUCUCACAUGAGCACCAUUUUCAUCACCUUGCUGUGCUUCCCUUCUUUCCUGGGUGCCUCCAUAUUCCUCUCCUACACCAUCUGGGCAGUUAAACCAUCAAAGAUAUGUGGACCCUUCCGAGACCACGAGACCAUCUAUGAGUCUGGGAAGACCUGGGUUCUAAAGCUGGAGAAAUCCAACCCAAACCUCACCUGGUUUACCUGGAUCCACCAGCACCUGAUCCAAAAUAGCUUCUUCCUGUUUUUGAUUGCUGGAAUUUUGCUAGCUGUGAUCUACCUCAACUUCCAAGUGGUGAAAGGUCAGCGGAAAAUCAUUACCCUGCUGAAGGAGCAGAUUGCCAAUGAAGGGGAAGACAAGAUGUUUCUCAUUCAGAAGCUUCAUACUAUAUAUGGGAAAUGAGAAUGCAGCAGUUGAAGGUGAGCAGUAUAUCAGUGGAUGGGCAAGAUGAACUUUUGCCUGAAAUGCUCCUUGUGAAAUGGAAAAUUGAUGUCGGCUGCUCUGGGAAUGCUUUGAGGAACAGCCCAUGCUUCUGGAAAUGUCAGUCUCCUCUUGUCUGCCUUCAAGCUUCUCUGUGUUCAGAAGAUCAUGAGAAUCUCAUCCACCUUCAGCCCAAUAACAUCAAUUCUUAAUAUUUGCUGGCAGUUCCAACUUCCAUGAACAGGCAAAUUGAAAUUGUUCCUUGAGCUGGACCCAAGUACUUGAAUGAUACAGAAACUAAUGAUAUUUAAAAGAGAAGAACCAAACACUGAAUUUUUAAGAAUUGUAAUGGCCCUUCCUUUUGGGCUUUGCAUAGUGGAUCUGUAGGGCCAUAGCACAAUAAGAAGAUUGUAAGACAUUUGUUGGCAGGAUGCCAUUUUUACCAGGACAUCUUGAUUUGAUGCUAUUAAAAACAUUCUCUUUUGAAAAACUA